AUGGCGAGCUCGUAUCGCGCAUACCCAAGGUCGUCCACGCCCUGGCAUCCCUCAAAAUCCGAUCAAGAACUUUGGAUAAAACAGUCCUGGGCAGGACCCAUUCUGGAAAGGGAUAUCAAGAUUCAAAAUCUUCAAGCGGAAUUGGACGCCUGCAUGGAGCGGUCCCAGAAAUCUGUCCGACUCAAGGAGAAGGAGAUGAUGAUUCUUUCUAGAGAGAACGAACGUCUCAGCAAAGAAUUGCAUGCUGCGAAAGAAGCCAUUGAAGUCUUCAAGAUGCAACGCCAGAACACGCUCAUGUGCAUUGAAGUUGCGCAACAAGAGCUAAGCGAUACCACGUACGAUCGCAUCAAGUCUAAGUUGAGGCAGGUGGUACUAGGCCUAUAUCAUCGUUCGUAA